AUGUCUUCUCCGUCUACUGCCAAGAAUGAGCUUGUCCUCGGUCUCACCGCGAGUGAGGCGAAGAUUCUGAUCCUCGGCAUGGUCUCGACCACCGACGGCAAGGUCGAUUACCAGCUUCUUGCCCAGAAAGGCGGGUACAAGACUAAAGACUCAGCGGCUACCGUCUACAACGGUGCCCGUCGUAAGCUGCUCAAACUGCACGGGGACUCCUCCGCCUCUGCUACUACUGGCGGCGCAAAGUCCAAAACCCUCGCUGCAAAUGAAGGGGAAAAUGACGAAUCCACCGCUACUCCCGCCUCGAAGAAGGGUACCCCUAAACGCAAGAAGGCCACUCCUGCCAUCACCGACAACAACGAAACCCCUGACAGCAAUCUCCCUACUGAUGCUCAGUUGAACGAUCUCGACGAAACCCCGACUCCCACCCCGAAGCGUCAACGCAAGAAGGGAACUGCCGUCAAGGUUGGCAGCCCUAAGAAGACCACCAAAACCUCCAAGGUCAAAGCUGAGGAGACCGGCAAGCACGAAACUCUUGACGACAUGGGCAACCCCUUGCCGUCUCUCGAGCUCGAUGCGGAAGACCGCGCUCUUUCUGCUGAUCUGGACAGAUUCCUCAAGAGCGAAGGGAACUAA